AUGCGCAGUGGCUCUUCUGUGCGCUCUACUGUUUGCAUUGUGUCUGAGCUGCCGGUGAGCUUUAAAAAUAUUAUAACCACCGCGGCAAUGUCGGGCAGGUCGGUCCGAGCUGAGACCCGGAGCAGGGCGAAAGAUGACAUCAAGCGGGUCAUGGCCGCCAUUGAGAAAGUACGAAAAUGGGAGAAGAAAUGGGUGACCGUUGGAGACACGUCCCUUCGUAUCUACAAGUGGGUUCCAGUGACGGAGCCCAAAUCAGACGAUAAAAACAAGAAUAAAAAGAAGGGCAAAGAUGAGAAAUAUGGCUCAGAGUUGACAACUCCAGAGAACAGCUCCUCUCCAGGCAUGAUGGACAUGCAUGACGACAACAGCAACCAGAGCUCCAUCGCCGACUCGUCCCCAGUGAAACAGGAAAACAGUUGUAGCACCAGCCCUGCCCCAGAACCCGCCGUACUGUCCCACCGUGAGACCAGCGAGGCCAAGACGACAGACCAGAGCCCAGACAACAAGAGGGGUAAGAGCAUCCCUUCAUCAGAGACCUCAGAGAGAGCACAAAGUGCCAAGAGAGACAGUUCAUCCUCAGGGGAGAAGGACUCUUCAGACAGCAAAGCCACUCAGGACCUAGAGGGGGAGGCUCCGCCCACCAAGAAGAGCAAACAGGAGUCCUCAUCUCAGGACUUUGAGGAGAGUUAAACGUGUGUGGCUGAGUCAUUUUCUCUCCUUCACCCUCCUCCUUACUUCCUUCCCUUCUGUAUCUCCUCCCUCCAUUAAGUCUAGAUAAUUUAGGGCUAAUGGACACACACUGGCUCUCCCCCCCCCACUCCUCUUCCUCUCCCCACCUUCAACACCACAGGGAGAAUGGACGUCUCUCUUCCUCCCUCUCUCCCCUCCACCUUGACUCCGCCUCCUCCUUUUGCAAUUUGCCACCUUUGCCGUAACACUCCUCUGCCACAGAGGGAGAACGGAUAUUACCUCUCUUCACUGGUCCCUCCGUGCUUCCUUCCACUUCUCCACACUUUUUCACUAAUGCCAAGAGAAGCUCUGAACCCAGGCCGCAAUCCCCUCUGUGACCAGAGGCAGCGCUGUUGGCCCAGUCCAGCCACCGCCAGGCCAGACCACAAACCCUGACCUGCAUCUGUGACUAGAAGAGUUUAUAACCAUGGGGAUCUGAGGUCAGGAUGAGGUUGAUCCCAGACGCUGCUGCUCUGAGACCGUUUUGUUUUCACUGCUAACGGUUUAGCUCAGGUUAAAGGCUAACCAGGUCUCAGAUCAGCAGCCAGAGAGGAGACCACAUGGCCUCAGUCCUCCUGAUUCGCCUCCUGUUAGACUAAUGUUCUAUAUUUGUUUAGGAUAUGUUUAGGGUUUUUGUUCUCAGGAGGGUCAAUGCACUGUUAUGGUAUGUCACAAUCGAUCACAGAUAGAUUUGCUGCUGUAGUGGACGUCUUUUUUCUCUAUCCAUGAAAACGCCUCCAUUCACGUUUGGGUUUUUGUUUUGUUUUUUUACAAAAAAGAGGUUAGUUUGGUUUGUAGCGGAGAAAGAUGAUGAUAGUGGUCACAAUACGGACUCUUGGAUAAGAAGCGUAGACAGGCAUAGCAUUAGCGUCGCUCCUGAAGUUGUGCCUUGAGUUGCUGCGUUUGAAUAUGAUUUAGGUCAAACUGGUUUUGAAUUUACAAUCUUAGUGCCAUAUUUGUUCUUUUUUUUUUUUUUUGCCUUAAGAUCCUCACUGUUUUGUCCGAUAUUUACAUUCACCUGCAACUGUUUGAUUGAAGUUAAAGGAAUAGUUCAGUAUUUUGUUUUCUCACCGAGCCUGAAAAUGACACUGAUGUGACGACUGCCUGUGUCUGUUUGCUAAAGCUACUGUUAGCAUCAACUGCACUGGAAUCAAGGGCAAACGACAAGCUUGACUCCAACAGACUAAAAGUGGUCAAUACACAGCAUUACAUAAAUGCAUGAAAUGAGUUUUCCUCCUGAAGAAAACAGAAAGAUUUUAAUGAGCUUCUGAAGUGUUGCUAUCUGUUCUCGUGUGCAGUCUUGAUGCUAAGCUAACAGCCUUAUCUCACAGACACAGAGUGGUAUCCGGCUUAUUUCAAUCACGUUUGUUUCCAACCGUUUGAGACUGGAACUUGAACACUACUCACAGAUUGAUGUAGUUUUGUCUUCUGAACAUCUUGUAGAACCUGAUAUGUCAGAAUUCCCUGGUCACUGGUCUGUGUUUAACUUCAGGUGGCAUAUUUUGUUGUUAUUGUUUUUUCCCACUUUCAAGUAGAAAAGAAAACAGUUGCUGAUACGUGUGGUGCCUUCAAAUGGGAAUAAGGGAGUUGUUGGAGUGGGAACUGUUAAAGGAAUACUUCACCGAUUUGCAUUUAGCUUUGUAUUACUAGAAUAGGGGUAAUAUUUUUUUAAAAUUGCUCUUUCCAACCUCAAUUUCCCCUGAGUUGAGAAAUAUCUUCAUUCUUUUCUUUGUUACGUGCUCAUCAGUGACACUGUUAGCAUAACUGUUAGCAAAGAUGGCGGACACUGUUUACAUUCUGGGAAUGAGGUCCUGUCCCCUUACGAGCGGGUCUAAAAAUUGCGGAAUUAGCGUUGCAGUUUCAAGCCUCUGACCAAGUGUCACUGGUGGGCACGUAACAAAAAAAGAAUGAAGAUUCCACUCAGGGGAAACUGAGGUUGUGAAGCACACAUUUUCAAAAAUACUACCCCUAUUCUAGUUAUACAAAGCUAAAUGCAAAGCCAUUUACAGCAGUAAAUGGUUUUAAACACAAAGUUCAACUGGUAAAGUUGUUUCAAAAAAGCUGUUUUCAACAACAAUGGCAACACCAAAACUCCCUAAAAACGUAAAAACUCACUUAAACCAUUGUGAAGUUUCUGUCUGCUCCACACAGGAAGUGUCUUUUUCUGUAAGGACAAAGGCGACGUUAUGCUAGAAGAUUCCAUGAAAAAUCCUAAUAGUUCUGGAGUUUGUUUUCACCUGCCCCUGCGCUGCCACUGUAUACACACAAACGCCCUCCCUCUUUCAGGUGUGAUAGUUUUGCUUGACGGAGCCCGUUUUCAGAUGAAGGAUGUAGCAUUACAGAUAAUGUAACAUAACGUCUGCUCAAAGGCGAACCAGAGGCCGAAUAAUAGCAAAAUCACCCCUUUCAGCUUUAACUGAAAAAGUGAAUGCGACGCGUCAUUUGAAGGCACCACGACUUCAGCGCCACCACUUGUGUGUCUCGGCCUCUCAUCUCUGUACAUGUCCGGUGUGUCACGACUCUCUGACCCUCGGAUGUCUCGUCUCUGCGUUUUAGCUCCUGUCCUCCUCCAAGGUGCUGUCUGUGGGCUGAAUCCAAAACACGCGUGGCGUCAAGCUCUUAGUUUUGUGCAGACUCGAUCUAAAAAAAUCGUACGGAUUCAGACCCGCGACCUCUUAAUGUUUGACCUCACCCGAAUUCAUCUUUUGGUUUUGUUUUUUGAGCGGCCACUGGCUGAUGAUGUCACGACAGGGGGCUACAGGAGAAGGUCAUGACAACACCAGAGUUACUUGAUCUGAUUUCAGCAAAUCAACAUUCACAUGGAUGGAGAGAAUUUUUUUUUUUUAAAGAAAAAUGAAAAUGACAACUGUCUCAGUUUAGAGGAUGGAUUAGCAUAUACCUCAUUCCCAGUCCAGCAGUGCUGGAACUUAAAAAUGCUAUUGUAUUGACAUUAACAGUUCUAAACAGCAUUAUGUACACACUCAGUUUAAGACAAAGAAAUCUCAUUCACGUUGUCGCUCUCACCCGAUCGAGCUGAUCGCUUAUAGUUUGCUCAUAACUGUGUGUAAGGAAAAAAAAAAAAAGCUGUGAGAUAAAAAUCUUGUAUGUUUUUUUUUCCACGGGACCAUUUUUUGUUUCACUUUAGAUCUUGUACAGAUUUAUGGUUUGGUUUGACUUAUUUAUUCCAUCAGUAGUGCUUGGUUUUUAUCAUGUCCAAUGGUUUUGUUUUCUUAAUAAAAUUUACAAAAUGUGA